CUUAGUAUAUGCACAAAUUUUUAAAGUCAUAUCUAUAUUUCUAAUAAAGACAAAAAAGUUAGAGGUUAAUUUUAAUGUAUUUUUCAUCCCAUUUGGCAUUUGAUCUCUAAAAACUAAAAAGCUCUGUUAGACAGUCAUCCCUUCUUCUAGAUUCAAUUUUCCGGUAAUCUAAUUCCAACCACCGGAAAUUUAGCAGCAAGGAAAUGCCGGUGCGAGUUGAGAGCUCUACGCCUUCUCUAAUUUCGGGUGCUGAUCCUAAGCAGACCACUCCUCAAGCUUGUACAUUGCUUAGCGUAGGACAGGCGUUCUCCGGUACUCAGAAUGUCUCUAAUAAUCAAAAGGAUGAGGCUUGGAGGGUGAAUGUACGAAUACAGGGAUUGGACCUUGAACAUGGGUAUCUUUGUGGCACGAUGGAGGCCCUUAAUGUUCCUAUGGCGGACACUCCGGUAGUAACCUUUUGGGAAGGGGAGAUUGUGGAUGGCAAGAAUUAUAAUUUCUUCACUGGAAAAUGGCAAGCAGCACCAGAAGAGGAUAUACGGCACUGGACCAAAUUUCCGUCAUUUGCUCCCCUAAUGAACCAAGUGGAAGUUGAUGGUGGGAAAUCUUUGGAUCUUAGUAAUUAUCCAUGCAUCUUUAUGAGAUGGAAAGAGCAAUACUUUGUGAAUGUUGGAACCGAUUGUGGGUUAACUAUAGCUGGUUUUUAUUAUGUUUGCUUCUCUUGUAGUGACGGUUCUAUCAAUGGCUUCUACUAUGACCCUAAUAGUAGCCCAUUUCAGAAGCUCGAACUUAAAUCUACAAACGAGGGAAGAUCGGGUUUCAGCUUCUCAUCUUACGAGUUGCAAUGACACUAAAUGGGAAAUUCCUUAUACAAUUAUGGUUUACCAUGAAACUUAAUGGGAAGGGCACCCUGUACGAAGUUCGGUUUAUGAAAAUUUUGGUCCCAGAAGUUGCAGUAUUGAAUACUCGAGCUACAGCAGGUUGUAAUGAUUCUCUCUGCUUUGUGGUUCUAUCAAACCUUAGCUCGACUUAACUCAUUCCCAUUUUGUAAUUUAUUCGAGUUGUUUGUUUCUCCAGUUUAUAAUUUCCUUCUUAGUGCAUAAGGAUACGAAAUUGUGGGAAUAUUAUACUAUAUAUAGUAAGAAGUUUUGAAGAUUGGAUGUGUGUGAGAAUAAUAAUGGCAAAAGCAUAAAAUGGAAUAGUCAUUUAUGGAUAA